AUGGCAUCGGUGGUCCAGCACGGCCGAAGAACAGGCUCCAGUAAGAGAGUAUCUUCAGCUGAGGAACCCAGCAGGAUGAUCGAACCCCCAGACCUCCGACAGGUCACUGUCUUAAGCAAACGAGAUUGGCAGAGGAUUCAAGAUGAAGUGAACCGGGUUAAUAAAGACAAAGAUAAUAUGAAGGAGGCAGCCAAACAGAGAGAGGCCCUGCAUUUGCAGUCAACGGAGGUGGUGAAACUCUGGUCCAAUACCAUCGCUCGUGCCCUCGUGCUGACUGAGGUGCUCAAGGAGAGGGAGGCGCAGAUUGAACUGAAGCAAAAGAUCAAGAGUGCCUCCAAAGCUGUCGACAAAGAACUUCUGGAUCUGGAAAAGACCGAUAUUGAUGAAGCUUUGAGACAGGAGCAGGAGAAAGCACAUCGGAAAAAGCUGGAGGGACAGGCUGUGGUAGGGGACCUGAAAAACCAGAUGAAGGAACGUGAGCAAGUGAGAGAGCGUGAGAAGAUCGAGAACAGGAAGGACGGAGAGGAAGCCCAACGCCUUUUAGAACUCCACCAUUUGGAGCAAAACAUGGAAGAAGAAAGACAAGCAAAGCUGAGGAGAAACCUUAUGCACGGUCACCUGGAACACGUCGCCAACAGUGACCUCAUAAGAGCAACAAAUGCAAAGAAGCAGGAGGCUGAAGAGGAGCAAAGAAAACUGUUCCUCUCUUCCAGACAAAAAAUUAUAAAGUUACGGAAAGAAAAAGAAAAGCAAUUGUUCAGUGAGGCCCAGAUGCGAAGAGAGUGGACCAUGAACAAGCUGACUGUCACUCAGCAGGAGAAAACUGACGACGAGGAGCAGAGGAUCGCAAAGGCUGUCGCUGAGCAGGAUGAAAAACUGGCACAAAGGAAGAGAGAGGAGGAUGAGAAGAAGGCGGCCAUGUUGGAGUCAAUAACUGCACACAGGGAAUUCAUGCAAGAAAACAAGGAGCAGAAGGACAAAACAACCAAACAAAGCAUGAUGGGCACACUUAAGGCCAUGAAAGAGGCCGACAGAAUAUUUGAAGAGAAACAAAAAAUGAAGGCUCAGAAGAUCAAAGCAGAUGGAAGAAAUGCACAUGAGUUCAAUGCUACAGAAAUGGCUAAAAAAGGUGCCAAGCUCCAGCAGCAGAAAAAAGAGGAGCAAGAGUUUCAGGAGGACUACGCAGAGGUCAUUGCUAAAGAAGAACACCUGUUUCAACAAUACUCUCACGACCUCAUCAACGCAGCGGCUGGGGCUCAGCGAAAUGUGUUUCCUCUCUCCAAAGCGGCAGGGCAAGGGAUCGGAGGAGGGCUCGGUCCUACUUCUUGCUACCUCGUUCAGGACAACACUGGGGCUCAAAUGCCCAAAUAUGUCUCUGGUGCCACCCAGGACAUUAAAAGGCUUAAUGAGGCACAAAAUAUUCUUCAAGCCAAGAUGAGACUUGGGUUCACAUGGUCAUAGGUCUCUACUAGCUGCCAAUUCUGUUUUAAAGUUUUGAACUCAGUGAUUGUUUUGAUAACAUCAAUAAAAUGUUUUUGACUGAG